AAUAAAAGUCUAAAACCCUGGGGGAGGCCCUGGCUUCUCUGGUCUGGUCCGCACUCCACUAGGGAAAAGAAAAGGCGGCUCUUUCAGUAUUCUUCUUCUGCGUCUCCGAUAGAGAUCGGCGUCGUUGUCCGUGAUUUCCCGGCCAAGUAAUGGGCGCCAGCAGCGAUCCCAACCAGGACGGCUCGGACGAGCAGCAGAGGCGGUCGGAGAUCUACACCUACGAGGCGCCCUGGCACAUCUUCGCCAUGAAUUGGAGCGUCCGACGAGACAAGAAGUACCGCCUCGCCAUCGCCAGCGUCAUGGAGCAGUACUCCAACCGCGUCGAGAUCGUCCAGCUCGACGACUCCAACGGCGAGAUCCGCUCCCAUCCGGACCUCUCCUUCGAGCAUCCGUACACUCCGACCAAGGUCAUCUUCAUCCCCGACAAGGAGUGCCAGAAGCCCGACUUCUUCGCCACCUCCAGCGACUUCCUCCGCCUCUGGCACGUCGUCGGCGAAGAGGGCGACCAGCCGCACCGCGUCGAGAUGAAGAGCCUCCUCAACAACAACCGCAACAGCGAGUUCUGCGGCCCGCUCACCUCCUUCGAUUGGAACGAGGCCGAGCCCAGGCGCAUCGGGACCUCCAGCAUCGACACGACCUGCACGAUCUGGGACAUCGAGCGGGAGACGGUCGAUACGCAGCUCAUCGCGCACGACAAGGAGGUUUAUGACAUCGCCUGGGGCGGUGUCGGCGUCUUCGCCUCCGUCUCCGCCGACGGUUCUGUUAGGGUUUUCGACUUGCGGGACAAGGAGCACUCCACGAUCAUAUACGAGAGCUCGGAGCCGGACACCCCGUUGGUGCGGUUGGGAUGGAACAAGCAGGACCCGAGGUAUAUGGCCACAAUCAUCAUGGAUAGCGCCAAGGUUGUGGUGCUGGAUAUCCGCUUCCCGACGGUGCCGGUGGUGGAAUUGCAGAGGCACCAGGCUAGCGUGAACGCAAUUGCGUGGGCGCCGCACAGUUCGUGUCACAUUUGCACUGCUGGGGAUGAUUCGCAAGCUUUGAUUUGGGAUUUAUCGUCCAUGGGUCAGCAGCCGAUUGAGGGCGGUUUGGAUCCGAUUCUGGCUUACACUGCCGGGGCGGAAAUUGAGCAGCUGCAGUGGUCGUCUUCCCAGCCUGAUUGGGUUGCUAUUGCUUUCUCAACCAAGCUUCAGAUUCUGAGGGUAUGAUUUUAGGUUUUUCUUUUGUUCCCCCCCCCCCUCCCCCCGGGGGGGGAGGAAGGGGACGGGGUCUUAGUUUAGCAUUCAUUCCCUGUUGGAAAUGGUAAAGCAACUAAUGGUCCUUUAUCUCAGCCCUUUCACAGACUAAAUAGUAAAAAAAAAUAGUGUAUUGCUCUACUGGUGCUAUUGCUUUUUUUAGCUUUGAUAAUGGCAACGCUUGUGCAUUCCUCUCUUUAAUUGUUC